UGGACUAACUUGGCAUACCUUGGGCGCGAUGGAGUUCACCUUGGGGUAGAUUCGGAUGGAUGUUAUCCAGCACCCAUGGUCAAAUACUUGAGGAGCAUAAAAUAUGCAGUGCAUAACAGAGUUCAAAAACUCAAGAAAAACCAUGCCUAAGCGGGCUUUAGAGGGGCGGUCAACAAAAAGGAGGCGACCGGCAAAAGUACCACGAAAUGAUGACUUAAGUCUUCAAGCAGAACCAGUGUCUGAUGAACCAGUGUCUCGUGCAGAACCAGUGUCGAGUGAUGCUAUUAAUUACGACUUAUUAGCUGCAGCAAUCUUAAGACAAUCCCAAACUUUGUCCCAAAACCAGACAAAUUCGAGUGAUACCACCAUGGAUAUCCUGCAGCCAUGUGUUCAAAACCAGGGUGAUAUCGAAGCCCACGCCCAUCCAAUGGCAAGUCAGCAAACAACAACAUCAACAGUUAGUGACAACCAGCCUCAGCAAAAUAUUGCAGACUUAGUUAGUGCGUUAUUACAACAAGACGGUCAAGGAAGCUUUUCAAGAAACACCUCAUUUACACAGACAACAAACAAAAAUCCCAGUGGAUCUUCUUUAUAUUUGACAAACUCUGCAAAAAGAAUUCUACAGGCUUCCUUAGCUCCUGCAACAAGGAAAGCAUAUCUACAUUCAUGGCAUAUUUUCCUUGAAUAG